GAAGGUACCGACCUCCGAAGGGUCGCAGUCGGCUCGAAAUUUCGGUGGUAUAAGAACCUAUCUCUCCGCUCGGUUGUUCAACGGUGGACACGUUGCGUUCUCGUUUAUUAGAUUCACACGCGGAUCGAAUCGUUCCAUCUGCGCAAUUUUAUAAAAACGAGUGUUCGUUUUGAGAGAGGUGAACGAAGAAAAAGUGGCACAGUGAGUGAAUGUAAUACAGCGCGGGAUAAAAAGUGUGAUUUCGAAUAUGGAGAUUUCCUGGUUCCUUUUUUUCGUCUGGUGCACCACUCACCUGGUUACUGGAUUCGAUCUAGGACCGAUCGUGAGGAUCGCUCAGUGCAGAUCGCAGUGCUUGAGGAAGCACACUUCCGAUGGAACAUGCGAUUGGUAUUCCGAGCAACAACAACAGACUACUUGUAGCGUGUGUUGGCAGUACUGCGAGGCCCUCGAGAACCGGUGGGAGAAGACAAGAACCAUUUGCGAGGGCGACCAGUAUCUUCAUUGCCCAGCCUGUCAGACGGCCUGCACCUAUCGAAAAACCAGAAUAGAGGAGAAGUAUCUACCGUCCAUGUUACCAGCUCCUAAGAAGGCGCCCCUCGAUCUCGACAAAUUCGACGUGGCCGUGGUGAUGCGCAAGCUGUACAAGCAGUGGAGAGUGGCCGGCUACUAUCCGGGUGAGCGUACACCAAGCCUGAGACCCGACACGUGGAUCAUAGUCGCGAUGGAGAACGGGAUGAAGCAUUACAGUUGGCAAGAAUGGGUCCCGAAAUUGGAGUCGUUGAAGGAGGGCCCCUUGUACGAGGCGACCAUCUCCUGGAAGGACGUGCAGACCCAGCUUCAGAAACAGAGAUCUCAGCAACAGGUCAGAUUCAACAACCGAGUGAGACAGUUCUUCCUGGAAAAGUACGGGGAGAAAGUUUUGGCCGAGUGGAGGAGCCAGGAGGACUCGCAAAUCUCGGACGACAUAUUUCGAAGAUUCUUCUUCAGGAGGAAGGACGAUAAAACAACGGAGGACGAUCUCGAGGCCGACAACGCUCCAUCUACCGGCAACGCUUACAACGACAGGAUCGAUUCGAAGGAUCGCGCGGAGGGCAAGGAAUCGUACGUGGUUUCGUGGGAGCCCGAGACGGGCGGCCUUAUGGGAAAUCAAGUGACCGACUCGAAUUGCGCCCAGAUUUCCCUCCUCCCCGGCACGAAAUAUCUCGUGAGGAUCGCCUCGAACGACGGCCCAGGCAGCUUCCCCAUCGAAGUGGACACUACGCCUAAUUUCGUCCAGGUUAAGAGGAUAAAGACACCCGUCCAGGUAUUGUAUUCGUGGGACAUAUACGCGGCUUUCGGUUGCGCCGUCCUCUUCAUCGCCGGUUUCGUGCUCACCAAGAUAUACAGAAAGGAGAAGAUUAUGGCCGAACACGUUUGAAGACCAAUGCUUUUGUUUUCCUUUUUUUUUUUUUUUUCUUUUUUUUUUGCUAUUGUGGACGAGUUCGAU